AUGGCGCCGCCGGAUUCCUGGGCGGAGCUUGAGUGGCGUACCUCGAGGCGCCGGCGACGCUGGUGUGUGACGUUCCGCCUCACGCAGGCGCAGUGCCGCCCGGCCUCGGUUGGGACCCCUCCCCUCCUCCUCCGCCCACCUGGGUGUCGGUGGCUGCGGCAGGGGUCUGGACCUGGGCGGCGGGCCCGGGCGGCGGGGCUAGAGGGUGUCUGCAUUGGCGGAGCUCCGCAGGCUGCAUCCGGCUCGGUGCUGCUGCCGCCGCCGCCCCUACCGCCGCCCAAGGCCCUUGACGUUCUCCAGAGAGAGGCCAGAGCGAUUCUGGGCUGCCUCGGCGCUCGCCCAGGUGAGGGGAUGGGCCGGGCCAGACACGGUUGA